AGGUGAGCCGCCGCCGCCGCUCCAAGGCGGGUCCAGUCCCGGGCGCUGCCCGCGCGCCUACUAAUCCCCGCCCCAGCCUCGCUCGCCCGCACUUGCUGCCCCGCGUCCCGGCUCCCGCUCCGGUCCGCUCCCCGCCUCCGGCUGGGCUCCCCGCGGGCAGCAUGUACGGCGACCAGCAGCAGCAGCUGCAGACCCAGGCGCUGCCCCCGCACCUGCAGCAGCACCACCGGCCCCAGCCCUGCUACAACACGCUGCCUCUGCCGCGCCACCGGCCCCGGCCGUGCCCCGACCCGCCGCCCCUGCAGAGCCGGCCCCGGCCGUGCCUCGACCCGCCGCCCCUGCAGAGCCGGCCCCGGCCGUGCCCCGACCCGCCGCCCCUGCAGAGCCGGCCCCGGCCGUGCCUCGACCCGCCGCCCCUGCAGAGCCGGCCCCGGCCGUGCCCCGAGCCCCUGCCGAGCUGGCCCCAGCAGCGCCCCGAGCCGCUGCCCAAGCCGUGCCCCGAGCUGCAGCCCCACCAGCAGCAUCAGCAUCAGGACGGCAACGUGGUGUACGAGCGGGUGAGGACCUAUAGGUACCCCGGGGGCAGGCGGGGGCAGGUGCUGGAGCUCCCUCCGUGCUCCCCCAGGGCGGUGUCCCCGCUGGAGGACGCGCCAGGCCACCAGCGCGUCAUCUGGAGCCGCGACCCGCCUCAGCAGUUACAGGAGCCAUUGUCUCCAUUUCUGAAAGGAGAAAGUUAUUGCCCAGGGAAUAAUGUUAUUUAUGAAAAGACAAUAAGAAAAUAUGAGUUGCUAAAUCCUGAACAGGAGAAACAAUACCGGUUUUCCCAGUCCAAUCAAUCCCAGGUUAACCAGGUAUGCCAGCAAUCUGAACAGCCCCAAAUCAUCCACAAAUGCCAAGAAACACAAAGUUGCAGUCCCUGCGAAAUAAGCUCAAUCUCUGUGAGUGAUGGUGGAAGAGGAACGAACACAGUGCAGAGGGUAACAAUCCAGUGCUGCGAACCGGUACAGUGUCUUCAAGAAGCUAAUGACCAGCUAGACUCCAGAUAUUUUGGCGAGCUACUUGCUGAAGUGAACGCAAGGAAGAGCAAUGACCUGUACAGCUGUUUACUGCAGCAUGUGGAAAAGAUAGGAAGAAGAGACACGGACAAUGAAUCUACAAGUCAAGUAGAAGAUAUUGAAGGUUUGAUUCCCAAAGGACUGUCAGAGUUGACAAAGCAGCAAAUCCGCUAUCUCCUGCAGAUGAGAGUGACAUCAGAUAAAUCACUGCGACUUGUACUUUCCACUUUUGGCAGUUUGCGUGGGGAGCUUUGCCAUCUACAAGACGACUUAGGGAAAUUGGAAACUGACAAGAUGUUACUAGAGAAAGACCUGGCUUUCAAAGAAUCUCAGGUGAAGGAGUAUGAAAUGCUGUUGGCAUCCAUGAGAGAGAAUAAUCGCCAACAGCAGCAAGGAUUCAGAGACAGUGCUGCAAAAUGUCGUUCACUGGAGGAACAGAUCAUCUCUCUCCGAUAUGCUGAGGGAGAGAAGGACUGUCGGUUAAAAGAACUGGAAUACUGCAAGCAUGCCUUAGAACAGGAGAUUCAGAACCUGAGAAUGAAGACCUGUUCUAAUCCAGUGAUGCAAACCACCACAGAUGAGCUCUCUAGUCGUUACGUGGAGAUGAUUAACAACUUGAGAGAGGAUAAGGAUAGAGAGAUCCGCAAUCUUAGGUCCCAGAUAAACCAAUUCCAGCAAGAUAUUUCAAGAAGAGAUGGAAGUAACAGUGACUUCCAGAUGAGGCUGCAUGAACUUACUUCAAUGUUGGAAGAGAAGGAGACUUUUAUUAAACAGCAGCAAGAGGAACUCUUUAGGUUGAAGCAAGAAAGAUUAUCAUGCAGUCAAUCCACAGGUGUAACAAAAUCUAUCAUCACAAAAAAGUACCUGAAUCAAUAUCCAAUCCUUGGUCUCCUGUCCAAUGACUACAUGGUUUCAUCACCAGUUAGACAAACAGAGACUAUUGUAAUUGAGAAGACUGAAGCAAUGUAGAAACAUGUAAGUAUC